GUUUUCGUCUGUCGCUUUCAUCACCCCUGCUCUCCAGCUAGACCCUCAAGACCCGUCGACCAUGGCCCGCGAAGCUGAUUCAGUAGCCGAUGUGGAUCAACUGACAGCUGUGUUGAACGCAUUGGAGCUCAGUCCGGAUAAUGUUCCUCUACUUCUACAGCAAUACGGUUUGCUGAACAAACUCGGCUUGGCGGCUGAGAGCGCCAACGUCUUCGAGCACUUGUCGAAUCUUAUCAUGCUGGAUGAGCAGACAUGGAUAAAGUAUCUCGAUGCUCUCAUUGCUGCAGCACCAACGCCUUUGAAUCUAGAAUCUUUCCUUGAUAUUGUCGAAAAGUACUCUUUAGCCGAGACAGAUUACCUCUCCUUCAAGUUGCUGGAUCACAAUCUGAGAUUCAUUCUCCGCUGUGCUGGUAUCCCUGAACCCCUGGGUGUUGACGCCGAAUUGGAAGCAUUCCUGGAGAAAGAAACCGUUCGCUCAAUGUUGAAGGAGGUUGUCGAUCGAGGUAGGGGUCUACUGUCUCAGAGCAGCGCCCUGUGGAACUCAUAUAUGGACUGGGAGCUUUCAGUGGCAGAAAUGCCACAAGAUCUCGAGUUUAUAAACGGAAUCUUCGUUGACCGUCUCUCGACACCCCAUAUGGAUAUAGAGGAGACUUCGGCUCGUUUUUCGACUUUCUGCUCCCAACACGCACCGGACUCGUAUGAGACCCGUUUGGUAGCUGCCACAGCGGCUGCCCAGUCUGCAAAAUUCAAGAUGUCUGGGGAGAAGAGAUUCGGGAGGACCCGCUCAGAUAUAGAGCAGACCAUUACUGUCGCUGAUCCCCUGUCUUCUUUUGCAAGUUACAUUGAAUGGGAGACGGACCCUCGCGCGAAACAUCCAAAGAGCUCCAAGGCACCUCGUUCCGAUCCCCAGCUCAUCAGCGCGGUAUUCGAAAGAGCAGUUGCCGCCUACGGGCAAGCUGCGGCUGCCGCUUCAGCGGUCCAACAGGAGACUGCGGUAGACGCGGGCUACCCUUAUAAGGUAGUUGAGGCCGGCAUUUGGCGAAGAUACGUAGACUGGACUGAAGAUGGCGAUAAUCGUGCCUCUCUUGUUCAACGAGCGAGCCGAGCGUGCCCGCAGAUUGGAGCGGCUUGGAAACUUCACUUGCAACAUCUCGAACUGUCAGCACCUAAAGAACAAUUCGAGACAGUAUUUCAACGGGCUCUGGGUCUCGGUCUUCUCCGGCAAGCCAAGGACAUCGCAGAUAUCUUCGUCUCUAAGGCCUCUCACGAGAUUCGUUGUAACCCAGCACAGGUUCUGGGCACGCUUGCACACGGAUUGGAGACAAUACAUGGCGUGCAAAAUCACGGGGAUCCCAGUCUUCAGCUCGAGACAUUUUUGCUGGAAUGGGUCGAAACCGCUGCUUCGGAUCUCAUAGACGAGGCUCUGGCGCUGCUGGAGCCUCAGAACAAGUCUCGUGCAUCCUCGCAUCGUCUCAUUCUCCAAAGGACAGGAAUCGAAGAACGCAGGAAAAAUUUCGAUGCGGCGAGGUCGAUAUACACAUCUGCGAUGAACCGCAGUGAUCUGGAUUGGCCUGAAGCUGUCUCAGAGGCGUGGCUGAGAUUCGAGCACAUUCAUGGCACCGUAGAAACGCUGGUAGCGGCGCAGAGAGCGGUGGAAGUAGAGAUGCUGAAAUUGGCCCGGCGCCGGGAACGGGACGCCGCUCAGCAUAUGGAGCAAUAUCAAGCGGAGAUGGCGGCCACCGUCCAGUCCUCGGCGGAGGUAGAGGUAAAUGGUGCGGCACCAGAGGGAACGGACGGAGAUGAAACGAACGACGCACAUUUCAAAAGGGACCGGGAGAACACCACUAUUCUGGUUUCUGGCCUGCCUAUCGACGCCGACGAUGAGUCUAUCAAAUCUCACUUCGAAGUUUGCGGUCAUGUUCGAGAGGUCACCAUCUUGAAAGGUGACGCGACAUCCUCAGCACUUGUGGAAUUCCGCUUUGCAGAUGCUGUUCCUAGCGCCCUCGAGAUGGACCGCAAGAAAUUCCAUGGACAGGAAAUCGGCGUGUCAAUGCUAUGGCGAUCGACGCUUUUCGUCACCAAUUUCCCCCGCGACAUGGAUGAUGCUGGCAUACGCCGACUAUUUGCACAGUAUGGUACCGUCCUUCAAACAAGGCUACCCAGUCGAAAGUAUGCAGACUCACGAAGAUUCUGCUACGUUACCAUGGACUCACCUGCUUCUGCACAAGAGGCGCUCGUUUUGCAUGGCAUGCGCCUGGGCGAAUUUGGCCUGACCGUUCUCAUAUCAGAUCCUAGCGCCAAGACAAAGAGAACCGACGCUUCACUCGUUAAUGCCACUGUAUUCAUCGGCGGUCUCACGGCGAAGACCACGGAGCGGGAUGUAGGGGAAAUGGUCAAGUCCUUUGGGACUGCAAAAGGAAUCAAGCUCGGAUGGGACCCGAUUAAAAGCAUAUGUAAGGGGUUCGCGUUCGUCGAAAUGCAAUCCGAGGCAGAGGCAAACGCUUGUCUGGCCUUGACUGGGACCGAGUACCAUGGUCGUACUUUGAAGGUCGAAUUAAACGAUCCAAAUUACGCUGCCAAGCGGCACGAAAAACCAUCUCAAAACGCUGCCAAAGUAGCUGCAGAGCGUCGCCAUCGCAGUGUCAGGCUGCACGGUCUCCCUGACGGCACAACAGAGGGUCUACUCCAGCAAGCUCUCGAGAAAAUAAUCCCUGUACGAAGAGUCGAGGUCUUCGGAGCUUCCCAUGAAGCUGUGGUAGAGCUAGAAGCGCCCUCGGAUGUUGGAACACUUCUGCUCAGGACCGAGCCUUUCAUCUUCGAGGGUGCUCAUAUCACUUUCACUCAACAAAGUAGACGUGCUGGACACGCCGUCCAGAAGGAACGAACCUCCCAAACAAAUGGUCCUGCAGCCCUAAAUUUCGCACCACGCGCAGCUCGCAAGGCUAAGGUAUUGGGCAAGGCACCUGCUGUAUCACGUAAAACGGCACUCGGACCAGGGGUGGAGAAUCCAAAGGGCGGACAAGACAGCUUCAGAGACUUUGUUCAGACUACGAAUGCGCAUCGAGCGGAAAAGCGGGCCGCGGAACAAGCGGAGGGAGACGGUCCCUCAAAGCGCUCAAAAACAGAGUAA